AUGCACGUCUUCUGCAAUGUCAAUUGCUGCCCGUAUGAGGGCAAAUGUGGUAACGGUCUCGAAGAGUCAAGUAAGGUCUUUCUGGGGCGCAAUCGCCGCACCGGCCGCCUAUGUGUUGUCGCCGGCGAAGACAUUCAAGCCGGUGAGGUGCUCGGCCAGUACCUGGGGUUGAAGGAGCACGUUAGUGUGUCGCGCGCCGACCGACCCCGCAACGGAGGCUACCGUCUCGUGAUAAAGCAACGUCCCGAAAAGCCGUCGUAUCCGGUUUGCGUGGCCAUCAACGCCGAAGACAUGGGUGGUCUCAUGCGGUUCCUGAAUCACUCAUGCAGGCCAGUGACGGAGUUCGUUGAGGUGUCAAACGGUGGUCGCACAACAGUGGUUGUUGUGACCACACAGGACAUCCUUCGCGGUGAAGAGGUUACGGUGGAUUACGGCGACGACCUUUGGUUUGUCUGUCGCUGUGAGCUGAGUGAAUGCCGCCACAGCAACAUCCAGGACGAAGAGGAUCCAUUAGAAGUGUGA